AUGGCGAGAAGGGGCUGCUAUCAGGCCGGGUGUCACCCAUCACAGAUGAAACCACGGUGCUCAGCGCUGAUGACCAUUCCACACUCACUCACAGCCCCGAAACCCACCGUGGACCCCGCGUCCCCCGCCCCCCGCGCCCGCCCCUCCUCCGGCUCCGCCCAGCCUCCGCCCUCUCCUCCGGGUGCCGCGCGCUCGGCGGGAGGUCUUCUCGCGGGACUGCCCCGCGAGAGCCCGGAAGAGGCACUGCAGCUCCUUCGCCGGAGGCCGCUCUCUCUCCGCUCCUCUAUGAAUCUCUUUGUGACCCGUCGCAUUGCACCCGAGUCUCAGAAAAAUGAAGAAGUUUUCAAAGUGAAGAAAUCAAGUUAUAGCAAAAAGAUAGUAAAAUUACUUAAGAAAGAAUAUAAAGAAGAUCUUGAAAAAUCGAAGAUUAAGACAGAACUCAACUCGUCAGCAGACAAUGAACCGCCUUUGGACAAAACAGGACACGUUAAGGACCCCAGCCAAGAAGACGGAGCUGCUGUGGGUGAGCACGGGGAAGACGAAAUGGACAUGGAAAGCGAGAAGGAAGAAGAGAAGCCCAAGGCUGGCGGCGGAGCCUUUUCAAAUGCUCUGUCGUCUUUGAAUGUUCUCCGUCCAGGAGAAAUCCCAGACGCGGCGUUCAUACAUGCCGCCAGGAAGAAGCGGCAGAUGGCCCGGGAGCUGGGGGACUUCACGCCGCACGACAGCGAGCCCGGGAAAGGCCGCCUUGUUCGGGAAGAUGAGAAUGACGCCAGCGAUGACGAAGACGACGAUGAGAAACGCCGGAUAGUGUUUUCUGUGAAAGAGAAGUCACAGAGACAGAAAAUUGCCGAGGAAAUAGGCAUUGAGGGGAGCGAUGACGACGCGUUAGUCGCUGGGGAGCAGGACGAGGAGCUCAGCCGAUGGGAGCAGGAGCAGAUAAGAAAAGGAAUUAACAUCCCUCAGGUCCAAGCCAGCCAGCCCGCGGAAGUGAACAUGUACUACCCGAAUACUUACCCGACAAUGCCUUACGGCUCCUCCUACGGCAUUCCUUACAGUUACACGGCCUAUGGGUCUUCUGACGGCAAAUCUCAAAAAACAGAUAAUUCAGCCCCUUUCAAAACUCCCAGUAAUGAGAUGACUCCCGUUACUAUUGAUUUGGUAAAGAAACAGCUUAAAGACAGGUUGGACUCCAUGAAAGACGUGCACAAAGCAAACCGCCAGCAGCACGAGAAGCACCUGCAAAGCCGCGUGGACUCCACCAGGGCCAUUGAGAGACUCGAAGGGUCUUCUGGGGGGAUUGGUGAACGGUAUAAGUUUUUGCAAGAGAUGCGAGGGUAUGUCCAAGACUUGCUUGAGUGUUUCAGUGAAAAGGUGCCACUGAUUAAUGAACUUGAAUCAUCAAUACAUCAGCUGUACAAACAGCGAGCUUCCCGCCUUGUCCAAAGACGACAAGAUGAUAUUAAAGAUGAAUCUUCGGAGUUUUCAAGCCAUUCAAAUAAGGCUCUGAUGGCACCAAAUCUCGAUUCCUUUGGGCGCGAUCGGGCCCUGUAUCAGGAGCACGCAAAGCGGCGGAUCGCAGAGCGCGAGGCCCGGAGGACUCGGCGUCGACAAGCCAGGGAGCAAACGGGGAAAAUGGCAGAUCACCUGGAAGGCCUCUCCAGUGACGACGAGGAGACAUCCACAGACAUCACCAACUUCAACCUGGAGAAAGAUCGCAUUUCCAAGGAGUCCAGCAAGGUGUUUGAAGAUGUCCUGGAGAGCUUCUACUCCAUCGACUGCAUUAAAUCCCAGUUUGAAGCCUGGCGUUCAAGAUACUACACGUCCUACAAGGAUGCUUACAUCGGCCUUUGUCUGCCCAAGCUGUUCAACCCCCUCAUACGGCUGCAGCUUCUCACCUGGACUCCUCUGGAGGCCAAGUGUCGGGACUUUGAGAAUAUGCUGUGGUUUGAAUCGCUGCUGUUUUAUGGUUGUGAAGAGCGAGAGCAGGAGAGAGAGGACGUGGACAUUGCGCUGCUGCCCACCAUUGUGGAGAAGGUGAUCCUCCCUAAGCUCACAGUGAUCGCUGAACACAUGUGGGACCCCUUUUCUACAACACAGACUUCAAGAAUGGUUGGAAUCACGUUAAAAUUAGUAAAUGGAUAUCCUUCAGUAGCGAAUGCAGAAAACAAAAACACACAGGUGUAUCUGAAAGCGCUCUUGCUGAGAAUGAGGAGAACUUUAGAUGAUGAUGUAUUCAUGCCCUUAUAUCCCAAAAAUGUCUUAGAAAAUAAAAACUCGGGGCCUUACUUGUUUUUUCAACGGCAGUUUUGGUCUUCAGUUAAGCUCUUAGGGAAUUUUCUUCAAUGGUAUGGCAUUUUCUCCAAUAAAACUCUUCAGGAGUUAUCAAUAGAUGGCUUAUUAAAUAGAUAUAUUCUCAUGGCUUUUCAGAAUUCAGAAUAUGGAGAUGACAGCAUAAAAAAAGCCCAAAAUGUGAUCAAUUGUUUCCCCAAGCAAUGGUUCAUGAAUCUGAAAGGAGAAAGAACUAUUUCUCAGUUAGAAAACUUCUGUCGAUACCUCGUACACUUAGCAGAUACAAUUUAUAGAAACAGCAUCGGAUGCUCUGAUGUGGAAAAAAGAAAUGCAAGGGAAAACAUAAAACAGAUAAUCAAGCUCCUUGCGAGUGUCCACGCGCUGGAUCACGCCGUGGCUGUCGCAGGCGAACACAAUGUGAAGGAAUUCAAGUCCUUGGUGGAAGGAAAGGCGACCUGAGACCGAACAGCCCGCUGGCUUCAGCACCAUUCCUCAUGUAUAGAUUCUGUACAUAUGUAAAGUUUCUUACACUGUAAAAUAGUGAUUCUUGUUUUAAUACAAAGAACAUUAUUAAUAUCCAAUGCUGUGUCCUUCAAUGCGAUUUCUUCAGAAUGAAAGGAGUUCCGAUUAUUUCAAGGAAGUUUUAUGAAUGCUUCCCUUAUUGCCUGUCAUACUUUGUUUACAGAAGUAUUUUAUAUGGUUAUUCCAAUUAACCCUCUUAGUUAAUUGUUCUCUGUAAACAAUGUGUGCGGUGUAAAUUGUGUAAUUAAUGCAUAUAUAUAUUUAUACCACCAUGGAGUUACUUUCACACUGGAAAUUUGUGGUUUUCUACAGAGUAAGCCUUUAACAGCAGGAAAUUAGUCAGCAAAUUGUCUUGGGAAAUCACUGCUGCAGCCAAGGGCUGGCGAGUGGCUCAGCGUCCUCCCCGUGGGGGAGCAGCGCGGGGCUGGCUGUGCUGCCUCCGUUGAGGUCGGUGUGGGCUUGACCACUGGGCGACGGUGAGCUUCCUCCACAUCAGCACUUUGUCGAACUUGGGCUUCAUGGAACUCAACAUGCAACAUAGGGUUUUCAAAAGAAUGUGGAAGUUUAAUUUUUAAAAAUAAUAGACCCACAACCUAACUGCAUGGUUUUGGGCUGUCUAUCCUGGCUCAUUCAUGAUUUUAUUCCCUGACCAGCUUACAGGUACAUGCAUUUGAAUUUGGUGUCUGUCCUUUUAAAUCCCACAUAUGUGAGUUAUAUAUGCAAUAAAUAUACGCCUUGCUGACUCGCCACACACCCAGGCAACUGAAUAUCCAUGGUCUUCUAUAAUGUUUAUACGCGGUGUAAAUACCCAGGGGACUUGUUUUAAAGUUUAUGCUUUCUGAUUCUGUGAUUUUCAAAAGAGGAACUUUUUAGAAAUUAAGGACUAUUGUUUGAUAAUGAUAUCUGUAAUUACGCUUUAGCCAAGCAUUAAAUUAAUUUUCACUUA